GCCUAACACCGUUUUCAUGCUGGGACUAUAAAAUGGAGCCAUCUUGGGCGGUUAACGGUUAGAACAGUUCCAAAAGUGCCAAAGUGAUAAUGCGAGUGAUUUCGGUAGCCGUUUGGACAUAUUUCCUCGUGAGUUCGGCGGUUGAUUUCGGGGAUGCUGGCAAGGCAAGUUCCAGCGCCAAGUGUGAAAAAUCGUUGACGACCGUCAGUGGAAAGCGGGCUGCUUCUGGAACAUACUGUACAGGAGAUUUGAUUUUCGAAGACACCUUCGACAUUUUCGAUUUGGACACAUGGCAGCAUGAGAAUACCUUAGCCGGAAGUACGAGUUGGGAAUUCCAAUGGUUCACCAAUAACCGGUCCAACUCAUUCGUAUUAGAUGGGAACCUUUUCAUUCGGCCUACCCUGACGGUCGAAGAGUAUGGUGAAGCGUUCCUCAGAUCCGGCGUCCUGAACAUCCACGGUGGAACACCAGCGGAUCAAUGCACCAAACACAGCUUUCUCGGUUGUGAGCGAACCGGCAGCCACUUCCAAAUUCUGAACCCGGUGAAAAGUGCCAGCCUUCGGACGGUUGACUCGUUUGCGUUCAAGUACGGCAAGGUUGAGAUCAGUGCUAAACUGGCGGCUGGUGAUUGGCUCUGGCCAGCUAUUUCGUUUCUUCCGAAGUCCAAUUCGUACGGAAUGUGGCCAGCGUCUGGAGAAAUAGAUCUGCUGGAAUCGAAAGGUAAUCGUGAUCUGAUUAAGAACGGCAUCAACGUCGGUAUCGAGCAGAUUAGCUCUAAACUUCAGUUUGGUCCUAACGAAGCUUACAAUGCGGAAUCGACGGCAACUUUUACGCGCAAUUCCGAAUCUGGUAAGGGUUACCACACAGGCUUCAAUCGAUAUCAGAUGGAGUGGACACCGGACCACAUCACGUUCAGUAUUAACGACAUCGAGACGGGAACGGUAAAGAUUGGAACCGGUUUUUGGGCUCGAGGAAAUUUUAAUGUCACUGCACCGGGAUUGGAUAAUCCGUGGCGCUACGGUACCAUUAUGGCACCAUUUGAUCAGGAGUUCUAUUUCCGGAUUUCGCUAGCAGUCGGAGGAACUGAUUAUUUUCCCGACGACGAAAUUAAUCCAAAGAAAAAACCUUGGAGCAACGAUUCCCCCCAUCCGAUGACUGAUUUCUGGAACGGUAAGAAUGAUUGGUUGCCCACGUGGAAUUUGGACGAGAAUGAUGUUCCGCUGCAGGUGGACUACGUCCGAGUGUGGGCAUUGUAGGAUUUGUCGUUACAACAGAACAUCACACAAUUUAGUUUUCGACGGACAACAUUCAAAUUAUUUUAGGUUGUUGCUACUACUUAUCCGGAGCACGUACGUAAUACGUACAAACAUUGAACAGUCAAUAAACUUAGAAUGAGAACAUCCCAAAA